AUGCUCAAGUCGUCAAUCCAUCUUCUAGGCUUCCUUGCCAUCCUGGCUUUUCAUGGAGGUUGGACAGCUCCCCAGAAUAAUGCCCAAGCCGAAACUCUUUCCAAAACUAAUUUAUGUGGCGUCCCACCGAAAUUCGAGGCAAUAGGCUCGAGCUUCUUUUAUUUCGAGCACGAUCUAAAGCAAAACUGGACAGCGGCAGCAGAAACUUGUCGUCAGAUGGGCGGACAUCUUGCUGUCAUCCGAGACGAGCAGCAAUUUAACGCCAUUUAUUGGCAGCUCCAACACAACAAAUGGUAUUGGCUGGGCAUCAAAAAAGGAGGCCAAGAGGACCAGUUCGUUUCAGUGACUUCUGGCACACCAGCCCCCUUUUUAAAGUGGGGAUGGGGUCACCCGAACCCCUUCGCCCACGACUGGGACUGCGUUCAAGUCAUAACCACAGUCAUGAUAAAUGCCAGAUGUACCAACAGGGCUAAUUUCAUUUGCCAGUGGAGCAAUGAGAUAUGAGAAUGUACCUCCAAAUAUUAAACAAAACAAUAUUAAUAAUCUGCCAACUUCUUAUCUUUUUGUAAAUUUGUUGUUGACGAUUCAAGUCGACAAAUAAUUUUCAUGAGUGCAAUUCGAUAAAUUACAAAUCUGUAAUUGGCAUUGCACGACAUUUUUAUGACCAUGACUAUUAAAUCCCUAAUCAAUUUGAUUUUGAAUACCGAAACACUCGUAAACUUUAUGGCUAUGUACCCUACGAAUCGGUUAAGAACUGUCAUAAAUUACACAUUGUUCGUGCUGAUAAGGAAUUCAUACCAGAAAUCAGAACCUUAGUUGGACAUCUUUAUCAGAUAACAUUUUUCAUUCAAUAUUUUUUUGGAAAUUUGUUCUAUACUAUACUAUAAAUAUA